CGACGCGCGUCGUGGGCGGAGAGGGCGCGAGGCAGGUGGCGGCGCGGCCGGCGCCUGCGCGCGCGAGCCCGCGGCCGAAAGCGCGCGCGGCGGCGGCGAAAGGUGAGAGGAGCGGGCUGGCGGAGCGUCGACUCAGUGGUGCAGCGGAACGGCGAGUGGCCAGGCCGCGCUACGCACAGGUCCGCGGCCGCGCACGCACGACCCGACAGUCGACGCGCACCGCGUGCUGGCGACACGUGCGUGCCCGCUGAUGUGCGCGCCUCCGCGACAUCGCGCCGCCGCCGCUCGUCACUGCCGCAACCCGACUGCGAGCCGAGCGCCGAGGAUGCAGCCGCGGGUCAGAGCUGCGAGCGUCGCAGCGCUCGAAAGACGCGCCCGAGCGGCUUGCCGGAUGCAGCUUGCACGUUGAGCUCGCUGCGUCUCUACCCCUCUGUCUGUCUGUCUGUCUCUCUCUCUCUCUCUCUCUCUCUCUCUUUCGCUGUCGCGGUCUCUGUCUCCCUCUUGCGAGCGAGAAACAUGUUCCUGCUGCCGCUGCUGCCGCUGCUGCUGGCGGUCACGUGGCCGCGGGGUUCGCUGGCCAGCGAGUACCCGGAGCGCGAGUGCUGCGAUCCGAUCUAUCCGCUGCUGGGACCUACCAACCGCAUGAUGCCCACCGUGCCCACCACCACCGGAAAAAGCGGUUCGGAGAAAACGGUGGCCAUCUUGAACUGCCUGUACGCGAGGAAGCUCUGCUUCGAGGACCACUCGUGCAGCGCCAUCCUCGAGGUGAUCCCGCGAGUGUGCGGCAUCGAGCAGAUGGCCUGCUCGACGGUGACCGUGGCCAAGUGCCAGGCGGCGCUCAGGAGCCUGCAGACCUUCGAGUUCUUCAAGCCCACCUGCCUGUGCCGCGAGCCGCACGUCGACCGCGAGUGCAACAGGUUCCGGGACUUCCUCUUCGACCAUCCCUGCAUCUUCGUCGCCAAGAAAGACAAGGAGUCGCACGGGCUGCAGGAGGCCCUGCCGACCUGCAACAAGGCGCUGAGCGUGUGCCAGCUGAACAAGAGCUGCGUGAAGCUGUACGACGAGUUCAAAGUCAACUGCAAGACGCGGGAGGGCAAGUGCCGGAUGGAGAACCGCGACGCCUGCGACGAGGCCUGGAAGCAGCUGCGGCUCUCGCCCAUGUUCGGGUGCAUCUGCCCGGACAACGCCGUGAAGAAGCGCUGCGACCGGAUCUUCUCCAUGGUCAACUACAAUCCGUGUGUAGAGUGGCAGGUCGCCUGGCUGGACGAGCUCGCCGGGACCGACUCGGGCCUGUACCUCGGGCGCCCGGACCAGCAGCAGCAGCAGCAGCAGCAGCAGCGCCCGCGCCAGCAGAGCGCCGACCCCGAGGCCACCAGGGCCUACCCCUACUUCCUGUUCCCGGCCUCGGCGAGGGAGCAGGCCGGCCCGGGCCUGUCCUCGGCCUACUACGAGCUGGACCCCGAGGUGGCGCGCAGCCUCGAGGAGCACGAGCUGGCCGGCGGCCAGCCGCCAGUCGGUAGGCCCAAGAUCUUCCUGCUGGAGCCGGACUCGGCGGCGGCGCGCGGCUCCGCCUCGCGCCCGCUGCGGGUCUUCGAGAACGAGCGCUGGCACACGCAGUGGGUGCACCUCGCGCCCUACCGCCCGCCCAGCCCGAGCUCCGGCACCGCGCCCGCGCGCGCGCCCGCUAGCACUCCCGUGUCGCACCGUCACCGCCACCAGCACCAAACGCACCAGCACCAGCACCAGCACCAGCACCAGCACCGCCCCGGCACCGGCACCGCCACCAGCACCAGCACCAGCGCCGCCGCGCCGGCUCCCGGCGGCGCGCCCGCCGAGUCGCCGCCGCCGAGGAGGUUCGCGCCGCGGCCCACCUACGAGCACGGGGCCGCGGGCUUCGAGCCCGGCGCCGACGACGAGCAGCGCCGCCUCGAGGCCGCGGGCGAGCUCGGGCCCGCCUCCCCGGAGCGGCUGCCGAUCGAGCGCCUCUUCGACUCCUCGUCCCUGCACGCCGGCCGCGCCCCAGUGAACGUGAUCUCGGGCGUGGGCGACAACGCGACCAACCUGGAGCUGAUCGAGUCGCAGCUGGAGAACCCGCUGAUCGACUCGGAGCAGCAGGACCUGCACUCGCUGCGUCAGCUGCCCAUCCCGAGCAUCCACCACCACCGCCUGCACCACGGGCCCAGGAACCAGUCGCAGCACGAACCCGAGCCCGAGCACGAGCAGCAUCCGGGUGGGGCGUCGGGCAGCGGCCAGCCGGAGCCUAGGCUGGUGCUGUCGAGCACCUGUCAGCACGCCUACGCCGCCUGCAAGAGCGACGCCGAGUGCAAGGGCCUGAUGCAGCCGGUGCUGUCCCACUGCGAGCAGUCGUCGUGCGCGCGCAACGAGUGCAUGUCGGCGCUGCAGCACUUCUACCGCGGCGCCAGCCACAAGCACUCCGUCGAGAUCGCCUUCUGCCUGUGCAGGAAGGAGGAGGGCCGGCGCAACGAGUGCAUGCUCGCGCAGGAGAGGAUGCACCCGGUGUGCGCGAUGCGCGCGGCACCGCCGGCCGAGACGCCCAGCUGCUCGCUGCUGGCCGAGGAGUGCCGCGCGCGCGCCGCCUGCAGGACCAGGCUGGAGCACUACGAGCAGAGCUGCGCGGUCGACAGCGUGACCAGCAAGUGCGCCGGCCAGCCGCAGAACUGCCGCGCGGCCCUGCUGGGCAUCCUCGGCACCGAGCUGCGCACCAGCUGCACCUGCAGGGCCCACGACGCCCAGGGCCUGUACCGCUGCCUCGGCUGGCAGCGCCUGCUCUGGCUCAACCCCUGCCUCGUGGAGGCCCAGCGGGAGUUCCACGCGCGGCGCAGCCGACAGCACCUGCAGCAGCGCAUCACCACCAGCAGCAGCACCCCGGCCACGCGACUGACGCCGACGCCCCGGGCCCCGCUGAUGGCGCCCACCGCCGACGACCUCGAGCAGGAGGACAAGCAGCUGCUGGAGAACAACGCCGUGGGCUACGCGACCAUCGAGGCUACCGAGCCGACGCUCCAGCCCAGCAGCAGCGAGGGCAGCCCGCCGACUGGGACCGGCGCCGGCGCGAGCCGCGGCCCGCUGCCGACGACCGCGACGCCGACCGCGAACACCGUCGCGACCACGACGAGGCCCCGGACGACCGCGGCCUCCGGCAGCAGCAGCAGCACCACUACCACCACCGCCGCCGCCGCCACCACCACGACCACCACCACCACCGUCACCACUAGCACGACCGCCAGGCCGGCCCCACCCACGACGCCCAGCAGCACCACCACCAGCACGCCGCCACCGCGUUUCUGCGUGGUUCAAAGGCCCCGUCAGUCGCACCAGUACAUCCGCGAGGGGAAGACCAGGCGGCUCUACCGCGAGGACGAGCCCGAGUGCUCGGAGCUGUGCAAGUGCGGCCGCAACGAGACGCUCACCUGCAACACCAUCUGCAUCGAGUCGUCGCCCUGCAAGACCGACUUCGCCUUCUACAACCACGCGGCCCCGGCCUACCAGGCCUACCGGGGACGCUGUCUCUGCUACAGCGGCCGCUUCAUCUGCAUGAGGCCUUCGCCAGAUGCUUACAACAUACCGCACGGGGUCUUCAUGUUCCUGGGCUACAGCGAGACGGACGAGACUCUGCUGAAGCCGCACAACAACCUGAGCGUGGUGGACGCGGUGUCCUCCCUGGACAGCUUCAUGCGCGAGGAGCUCAACAACCAGACCGUGUGCACGCUGUUCCUGUACAACGCCACCAGGGAGAACGUGAUCGCGGCCGCGCGACUGCUCACCGACGCCGGCCAGCUGGCCGCCAAUCUCAGCCAGGCGCAGAGCCUGCAGCACCUGCUGCGGAUCAAGGAGGAGUGCGCGGCGAUGCUGCAGGAGCUCAGCGAGAAGAUCAACAACCGCCACCAGGAGGUGCACAGCCAUCCGCUGCUCUCGAUCUUCAAGAUGGCCGAGGUGGAGAUCAAGCUGCCGCGCGCCAGUGGCUCGGCCGCGCGGACGCCGCUGCUGCCGCCGGCGCUGCUGCUGCUGCUGCUGCUGCUGCUGGCGUUGGCCUCCUCGUGACCCGGCGGUCCGCUCCGCGCUCUGCUCUGUACAUAAAUUCGCCCCCGCGCCCCUGCCCCUACCGCCUCCCCCCCUAGCAGUCUAUCGACCGCCGAGCGGCGACGCUAAUCUCGAUCGUCGCUCCUCUGUACAUAAUCACCGCCUCGCCUCGCCUCACCUCAGCGCACCGCGUCGCCGCGUUUUUCUCCGCCCCUCCCCCGCCCCCCCCGGCCCCGGUCACCCGUACUCCGCGUCCGAUGUACAAACUGUACAGCGCGGCCCGAUCGAUCCGAGUCGCACGCGUCGGCCGAUCGGCCGCGAGUACCGGCUGCUCGUAACGCGUCUCCCGCCUCCGCCGAGCUCCGCGCACGGCGGCGCGCCCGAUCAGCGUCACAGUUCCUCCGCACUUAGCCCCGCCGGAUCAGCCUGCCCGACACGGCCGAUUCCUCACGCGGCAGCUGCGGCCGCGGCUCGCCCGCGCGCCACCGCACUCAGGCUGAUCAGGCGCGCCGGGUCGCGCUCUCGACACGCCUCGUGGAAUUUACUCUCCUCGCGCGCAAAAUAAUAAUGAUAACGGUAACAAUAAGACGAAGAGGAGGAGGAGGAGGCCCGCCUUUCUCACCCGCACGUAGUCAUGUCUCACGCACGCACACAGGCGCGCUCGGGUUAUCGCACAGUCUUCCGGCGUGCGCCGACGGCGACGAGCCGCCGGCGCACCGUUUUUUUUACGUUCGUUGCGACCUUCGGAUGCGCCGACAGUCGACACUCUCGGGUGACGCCACCGUUCGUGCACGCACCUGCGGUGAUCUGUCAACAACUGGCGCUAAAUAUAAAUAAAUGAAUAUAUAUAUAUAUAUAUAUACAUAUAUAAAUAUAAAUAUGGUUAUAUAUAUAGUUGUAGAGGUUAACGCUUGGGGUUAGAUGUGUUGCAUAUGUAGCUGAAAUGCAUAAUACGAAGGUGUGCUAGGUGCUAAGUUGUAUUCGUUAGACGUCGAACGAAGCCGAGGGGGACGCGAGCCGCGAUUGAUACGCGCGCGAAGCAGCGGCGCUGACGGGCCAGCCGCUGUACACGCGCGCACCAACGGCGGUGGCGACGGCGGCGACGACUUGUAAUAAUGUGGCCUUUUCUGCCUGCCUGAAAACCCGCUGUCUGCGACCUCCCGUCCAUUCCUUCUCCGCUUCAUCCAUCCGAAGCUUCCUGCUCUCUCUCUCUCUCUCUCUCUCUCUCUCUCCUCCACCUCUUUUUCUUCGCGCCGGCGAGCUUCCUUACUCCUCCUCUCGCUGCCUGCCUUUUUCCAUUCCUGCCGCUGUCCCACUCCGCCGCUCCGACGAUAUAACGGCAUUUUCAUAAUAUUUCAGCACGUGGCAACCGAGCGACUCAGUUUAAUUUUAAAAAAAUUCCAUAUGAGCAUCUCAAAUAUUCGCAGGCUGCCUGCUGCCUGCUGCCUGCUACCGGCUCGCUCAUGCUUAUUUGCCAAGAUUAAAUUCCGGCGAAAUACCCAUUUGCUCGUCGCGGCCCAACGGUCCGUGCGCCCGCGGAGCCUCGACUCCGCGCGAUCGCCGAGCUGCCGUCGCGUCCGCUCGCCCCUCCGUCCGCGGACGCGAGAGGGACGCGAGUGGCCCGCGACCGGCAACUGCCACGGCAAACUCCAGCAAUAAUUCAGCGCCGCCGAGUGGCGCUCGUUAGACGCGGCCCGCUAACGGGCUCGCGCGGCGAUCGCCCGCGUCCCGCGGCCGCGGGGCGCCGAGGCAACGCGGUCGCCGGCGUCUCCGCGCCCUGCCCGCUGCGAUCGAUCCACUUGGCCGCGCCGCGCUGCCGCAGCCGCCGUCGCCGCGGCUCGGCCAACUCUCGAUCAGCCGCGAUCGCGGCGGGCCGAUUCCUCGGCGCGCUGCUCUCCGCGGCCGCGCGGCCGGGGCACGCCCGCGGCGCCGUUCGCCGCAGCCGCCGCUGCCGUCGCCUGCUCGCGACAGGGCGGGAUCGGGGGCGCGCGCCACGCACAACUCGUCGUCUUAGCCCGUACCCUGCGAAUCUUUCGAGACUGUCGAGACAAACGAAUCGUCGAAUUGUACAAAAACGAAUUUCCAACCGUUAAAAACAGAGCAAUAUGUGAGUCAGUUUGUUUUUACGUACGAGCAUGUGAGUGCAAAUUGUGAAAUUUCGAUGCUUCCAGCCAAUCUGUUUCGUUCAGAGAUGACGCGCGUUAAGUAUGAGAACAUGAUGACGUAUACAAGCUAUAAGGAGAAUAUAUAUAUAUACACACACACACACACACACACAAAUAUGUAUCGUAUAUACAAAAUGUACGCACAUAUACAUGCGUGACAAGGUUGAAGUUUGCGUAACAGCGCAGACAGCUAACAUAUCAGGUUUCCCGGCGGAUCAGCCAACGAGCAUUUACUCGAAUCGUUUGGCAUACCCACAGCCUUCGGUAUGAAAAAAUAAAUAAAUAAAUAAAGGAAAAGAAAAAGAAAAAAAUUGUACCUAUAGCAUCGAGAAUAUCCUCGCGGGAGCAGCCUAUUUAUUCAUUUACCAAGAGACCAAAUAAAUUGUUUGUAUGAUCACCACUCGUGUCGAUUUGUUCAUUAAAGCAGCCCC